GGUGGUUGUUACUAUAAAUGUCAUUCCAACCCCUUGGCUUGUUAAUUCCCCGCAGAUUCCCUUACGCGCAUCCGUCGAUUCCCGUGGCAUAUUCAGAUCCUACCAAGAUCCUUCAACGUGUCCAGUUCCGACAUAUUGUAACAACCCGCGGGAGCUCACGCAUAUUUAAGCAUCGUGCCUGAACCAUUGGCUCUUUUCGUGUAUUACAUGCGCAAGAUUACCCUAUACGCUCUCUUAUACUCCUACUCUCUUCCGAACAUAACCGGGUUUUCCAAGCUUCAGUCUGUCGUACGGAAUAUCUAGUCCCUCAACCAGGUACUAGUUUUCGCGAUAGAAAACUCACCUCCUCGAUUAGACGCAGAGCUUUAAAUCAAAUUGGCACUACCUCACAUAUAACGAGCCGAAUACAUAACACCAUUUCCUAAUGCUACAGCUAACUUACCGCCACUUACUCAAGUGGAACGUUCAGAGCUGGCUGGGAAACUACAAGGUGACAACUCUAGACGAGCUCUGGAUAGGACUUUUAGCGCUCGAGGCUCUCCUGAUCACAGGCGUUCUUGGCUUACGGGUCUUGGAAGCAAUAGGGUGGACGACACACAAGUCGAGGUGGAUCAGGUCUAAUAGUAUAUAUUCAUAAAUAAAUAUUAUACAAUAUAGAAAAUUCA